AUGGCCGGGCGGGGCCCUGGCGGCGCGGGGGACCCGGGGAAGCUGCCGCCGAAGGAUCAGAAGCUCUUCAGGGAGGCCACGAAGCUGUAUGAGACCAAGCAGUACAGACGGGCGCUGAAGACCGUCGAUAAGCUGCUCGAGAAGCACCCGAAGCACGCCGAGAGCAUGGCCAUCAAGGCCCUCGUCACGGCGCACAGCGACCCGAACAGCAAGGAGCUCAAGGCUGAGGCGUUCAAGCUCGCGAAGCUCGCGCUGGCGCUGGACGUCCGCUCGCACCUCUGCUGGCACGUGUUCGGGCUCCUGCACAAGCUGGACCGCAACUACGCCGAGGCCGUCAAGUGCUACAUGAACACUCUGCGCCUGGACAGCGAGAACGGGCCGAUUUUGCGCGACCUCGCGAACAUCCAGAUCCAGACCAGGGACCUGGCGGGGUUCCUGGAAAGUCGACAGAAGAUGCUGACGGCGAACCCGAAGAUCAUGGGCAACUGGGUCGCGCUCGCCGUCGCGCACCACCUCAACGGCAACCACGACGUGGCGCUGGCGAUCCUGGACCGUAUGCGCGCGGCGAGUAGCGACGCGGCGGAGGACCCGUACGAGGCGUCGGAGCUGCACAUGUACCGCGUGCACGUCCUCGAGGACAAGGGCGACCUCGAGGGCGCGCUCGCGCACCUCGACGCCCACGCCAGCGCCAUCACGGACCUCCCCAGCAUGCUUGGCGCUCGCGCGAGCCUUCUGCUCCGGCUCGGACGCAAGGACGAGGCCGCGGAGGCGUACCGCGCGCUCCUCGCGCGCAACACAGAGAACUUCGCGUACCACGACGGCCUCCGGCGCGCCAUGGGCCUCCCCGGCACGGACGCGCCCGGUCCCGCGUCGGACGCAACCCUCCCGCGGCUGCGCGCGCUCUACGCUGAGCUGGCGGCCGCGCACCCGAAGUCGAACGCGUGCCGGCGCCUCCCGCUCGACUUCCUCGCCGGGAGCGAGUUCCGCGAGGCCGCGAGCGAUUACAUCGGGGCGUGGGUGCGGCGCGGGGUCCCCAGCUUGUUCUCGGCGCUGCGGCCGCUGUACGCGGACGCCGCGAAGGCGGCCGCGCUCGGGGAGAUCGCGGCGGAGCUGCUCGAGAGCGCGGGCGCGAGCGGCGGCGCCGGCGACGACCCGGCGGCGCGGGAGCGCCGCGCGUGGCUGCUGCAUUUCUUGAGCCAGCAUAGGGGGGUGGUGGGGGACCUGGAGGGGGCGCUGGAGGCGUGCGACGAGGCGCGCGGGCUCGCGCCGGAGGAGCCCGAGCUGCACGCGAACCGCGCGGCGCUGCUCGAGGCGGCGGGCGACCUGCACGGGGCGGCGGCGGCGGCGGAGGAGGCGAGGAGCAAGGACGCGAGUGACCGGUAUAUGAACUCGGUGGCGGUGGCGCAGCUCCUGCGCGCGGGGCGCGUGGCGAAGGCGGAGUCGGUGGCGGGGGUGUUUACGCGCGAGGGGAACGGUAUUAACAAUCUGUACGACAUGCAGGCGGCGUGGUAUGAAAUCGAGGCCGCGCGCGCGCACGUGCAGCAGGGGCGCGAGGGCGACGAGACGGGGCACGGGAAGGCGCUGAAGAAGCUGUUCGCGGUGUUCCGGCACUACGAAGACUUCGAGGAGGACCAGUUCGACUUCCACGGCUACUGUAUGCGCAAGAUGACGUUGCGCAGCUACCUCGACAUGCUCGAGGUAUCAAACAAGAUCUACCGCCACCCGCGGUUCCUCGAGGCCGCGACGCUCGCCGUCGACAUCCUCUGCGAGCUCCACGACACCCCCGCGCUGCGCCGGUCCCCCGAAGAGCGCGAAGCAGCGGUGCUGGAGGGCAUGGACAAGGCGGAGCGGAAGAAGUACCGCGCGGAGAAGAAGAAGGAGCAAGAGGAGGCGCUGCGGGCCGCGAAGCGCGGGGAGCGGCCGCCGCCGGGCUGGGCGCCCCGCGGGGAGCGCGACGCGGACCCGGACGGGGGUGUUUUGGUCAGCACAAUAGACCCCCUGUCGGAGGCCGCGAAGCUCGUGGCGCGGCUGCGGCAGUUCGGGGGGGGGCGGCUGGAGUCGCACAAGGCGGCGUUCGAGGUGCACAUGCGGCGUGGGCGGCGGCUGCUCGCGCUGCAGGCGGUGCAGAAGGCGGCGGGGCUGGCGGGGCGCGAGAGCCCGGACGUGGCGCGGAUGGCGGCGCGGCUGGCGGCGGCGGGCGCGCAGGGCGAGGAGGACGCGCCGGCGGUGGCGGAGAUCCUGAAGAGCGGCACGGAGGCGCUGCUGGGGGCGGAGGGGGCGACGGCGAAGGCGUACGCCGAGGCAUGGGCGGCACAGCACGGGAAGGCGUCGGUCGGGCACGCGCUCGCGGCGGCGGAGGCGCGGGCGGUGACGGGGGUGUGUGGCGGAGAGGCGGCUGCGGCGGAGCUCGUGAGUGUGGUGGAGGCGUUGCUGGCAAGCGCAGCCUCCAAGGCGAGGAGCACGCCUGCUGAGGACUUGAGGGGCUGCGAGGCGGUGUACGCGGCGCUGCUGGACAAGCGCUCGCCGCUGCACUGUCCAGGGGAGGCGGAGCGGUUGCGGGGUGUGUGUGCGCGGGCGUUCCCCAGGGCGCUGCGCUUUGGGGGACAAAAGGCGACUCCCCCCCCGGGGGUGGAGGAGGGCGUGGCCGCGCUGACGGUGGCCUGA